UUGCCUCCCCGCCACCACCCCCAACCACCGCGAUCGUGGAGGUAACUCAAUACUUGUACUAGCUUAACUUUUGCAUUUCGAUUUUGUCACAAACGACAUCUUCUGUUAGAAACCUUAACUCGCGAGAGAGUGAAUACUGAAAUCUACAACUUAUUUCAUUGGCUGCACUUUGAGAAAUCGCGUUUUGGUCCAUAACGAAGGAGAGAAUCAAUCGUUUUGCUCUAAAUUGUGGAUUUUUCAGUUUUAUUUUGUUGAUUGUGAGAAUUGUAGCUUCAACAGCAAACGAAAUUUGAUUUCAGUCAAUGUCUGCUCAAGCAUUUUUCAAAACUGUGAAACGAGUUUUCCCCAAGAAAUCUGAUGCAGAAAUUGCCAGUUCCAUCUCAAAAACCCUAAUUAAAUCUACCCGGAAUGGCCUAGAUAUCAACCCCUCUUUAAUUUCCAGUAUCAACCCCCAAGUGGCCCGCAUUGUUCUCUCCAACCCCCAUGUCCCACACCUUUCUUGCUUAAACUUCUUCAAAUUCCUCCAAAACAACAAGUCUUUGACAGUCAGCAAACCUGAUCUUCAAGCACACAUAAUCCUUGUUUUGCGCUUGUUUAAAGCCAGGAACUUCAAUCAAGGGAAGGAAAUAUUGAAUGCUGUUGCUGCUGAUGAUAGUCUUAGACGCCCGGUGUCAGAAAUAGCAGAUUUAGUGAGGGAGAAUAAUGGAAAUCCAAAGAUGGUUGUAAAACUGAUGGAUAUGUUGCUUCGGGUUUAUGUUGAUAACAUGAGGUUUAAGGAAGCUGAGGAGGUUUUUGACUAUUUGAAGAAUAAUGAGUUUGAGAUUGAUGACAGAUCUUGCAUGGUUUACUUGCUUGCAGUUAAAAGAUCGAAUCAAUUUCACUCCAUGUUUGAGUUUUUCCAGAAGAUGGUGAAGGCAAAUGUGAAGAUUACAGUUUAUUCAAUGACAAUGGUGAUUGAUGGAUUGUGUAAAAGGGGAGAAGUGGAUAAAGCAAGAAAAUUGAUGGAUGACAUGCUUUGUAGAGGUGUAAAACCUAAUGAAUAUACUUAUAAUAUGUUGUUGGAUGGGCAUGUGAAGAAUUCAGACCUUGGGGCUGUAAAAGAAAUUUUAGAUGAGAUGGAGAAGGAAGGAAUGGAGCUCAAUGCUACAAGCUACACGGUUCUAAUAGAAGGUUAUUCAAACUUGGGGAAUUUUGAAGAGGCUGAGAAAUUGUUCGAGAAAAUGCAGCAGAAAAACAUAGAGCCAGAUGUUCAUCUGUACACUUGCAUGAUUAGUAGUUACAGUAAGUCGGGUAAUCUUAAAAAAGCAUUUUUGCUGUUCGACCAAUUGGUUGAGAGAGGCCUUGUUCCUAAUGCUCACACGUAUGGAUGUCUGAUAAAUGGCCUGUGCAAAAAUGGGCAAAUGGAUGCUGUGAAAAUUUUGCUUAAUGAGAUGCAUUGCAAAGGAAUCAGCAUAAAUCCGAUCAUAUUUAAUACAACAAUGGAUGGGUAUUGUAAGAAAGGAAUGAUAGAUGAAGCAUGGAAACUGCUAGAAAUUAUGGAAAGCAAAGGACUUAAAGCUGAUGCUUACGUAUAUAAUAUAAUUGCCACAGGGUUGUGUAAACUGGGUCGGCAAGAGGAAGCUAAGACUUGGUUGUUUUCAAUGGUGGAAAGAGGUGUGAAUCCCAACGUCGUUACUUAUACAACUUUGAUUGAUAUUUAUUGCAAGGAAGGAAAUUUUGUUGAAGCGAAAAGGAUGCUUCGCGAGAUGGAGAAUAAAGGGUUGAAACCCAAUACUGUGACAUACAAUGCUCUGAUAGAUGGGUAUUGCAAGAAAGGUCUGAUGAAGAAAGCUUAUAAGAUUAGAGAUGAUAUGGUAAGUAAAGGACUGAAGCCCGAAGUUUAUGCCUACACCUCACUUCUUCAUGGGGAAUGCAUAUCUGGAAAUGCAGAUGCUGCUUUGAAACUCUUCAAUGAGAUGAGUGCAAAGGGUUUGGUCCCAACAGUAGUGUCUUACACAGCACUGAUUUCAGGUUUGUCAAAAGAGGGCAGAUCAGAAGAAGCUUUUAGAUUGUACGAUGAAAUGAUAGAGGCAGGCCUUACACCUGAUGACACCGUAUACUCUUCUCUUGUGGGUAGCCUUCAUAGUUCAGGACAAAUCUCAUCUUUGAGGACCACUUGAUGUUACCUUUAGCAAACCAAAAAGGAAACACUCAAACCUUUGUUUGCUUAAGCCUUGAGCUCUUGCAUGGAGACAAAGGCAUCAUCAUUCCUGUAACUCAUGGAGGAUUCAAUCUGUGCCACUUCCAUACUCAACUCGAAACACAAUUUGCCAUAUCUUGACGAUUUCAACAGGCACUUAUAAAAGCCUGGCACUCAACUUGUUCAGCUUGGCACUCAACAAUUUGCCAUAUCUUGACCAUCCUCAUUGCGGUUUGAGUACAUUUUAUGAAACAAACUAGGGUGUACUUGUUUGUGUCAUUAGCUGUAGUCUUCUUUUUAACGUUUAUUGUAAUUCUCUGCAUAGAGUAUAGAAUACCCAAGCUGUGAGCAUAGGUUACUGGUUUUUGUUCAUAUAUCUGCACUUCAGGUGAGAAAAUGGCACUGAAUAGGCCGGGUUAUAGCCGGGAGAUGAUGACAUUGUCAUAUCAUACAUCAUAAAAAUGUAUACAGGGGCAAUUACAUGAUGCAGCAGAAAGCAACAAUUUGACAAGUCAAUCAAUAUCAAAAGUGGGAACUUGAUCAAAAGGAGCAGAGAAUGCCCUAUAUGCAGUUCUGUCAGCAAGGCUUCUGCUUUCCAAACAAGUAGUACAAGCGGCCAGGGAUCUUGGGCAACAAGCCCGGGAGAUACAAAGUUUGGUUGGCAAUCUCCCCGGUCUUAUCAGCCCUGCAGCAGAAAGACGAAGAUUUGGUAUGUAGAUCACAAGAAUUAUUGUAGAGAGCUUGGAGGAAACAAGAACAAGUAGUCAGGCAAAGGACAACUACCUUACUGCAAAACCCAUUUCCUUAGCUUUUUCAUUGUCAUUCCUUAUCCGGUCAUUUAAUACAGGGAUUUUCAUCAGAUCAUCAUAGUCGAGAACUAACUGCAGAAAUCACGAGCACAUCAAAAUAUUAAGCUGUGGUUCACUUUACAUAUCAUAAAGACACAUAGACAGAAGAGUAUCAUACUUGUACAAUAUCAUCUUCUCCAACAACACCAAAUGGCACAAUUGUAGCCCCAAACCUCGCCGCCAUUCUUACAAAUUCUGGUUGAUCUGGCCAUAUCAACUUGUACUCUUCUCCCUGGUAGUAAAACAAAGCAAGAACUAGAACAUUUUAUGAAAUUUUAAUAGUCUUUACUUCCAAAUUGCA